UUGAACUUUACAUUGAAAUGUCCAAACCUCUCCUUCGCUCUCUUGCUGCCCUGUGUCAUGAACUAAACGUUUCAGUCUUUAAUUUUACUAUAUUUCAUCUGAUUUUAUUUGCAUUGUACUUUUGAAAUUUGCGUUUCCCUUUUCAAUUUCAGCCCGCACCCCCGCCUGUCUCUGCCCUUCUGUACUUCCUCCCGCAUUAAACGACAGCGGUAACCGCCACACAUUGGCGCCGCUUCCCAUCCCCCAGCGUUCCGAUUGGUGAUUCCUUUCUCCAAACAGCCAAUGGGAAUGCUCAGCAUUCCCAUCAUUAUUAACAUUCCACUUUGGGCACUGCCUAUUUAAUCCGGGCUGCGAACAGCUUCUGCUUAUUAUUGUGAUUGAAACCGACGGGGAAAUGCCUGAUCCACCGAAACCCGCUCCCAAGAAGGGCGCCAAGAAAGCUCUGUCCAAACCGGCGAGCAAGUCUGGCAAGAAGCGCAAGAGGGCGAGGAAGGAGAGUUACGCCAUCUACAUCUACAAAGUGAUGAAGCAGGUUCACCCCAACACCGGCAUCUCCUCCAAGGCCAUGACCGUCAUGAAUUCAUUCGUGAACGAUAUUUUCGAGCGCAUCGGGGGCGAGGCUUCCCGUCUGGCCCAUUACAACAAGCCGUCUACCAUCAGCUCCCGGGAGAUCCAGACCGCCGUGCGCCUGCUGCUGCCCGGGGAGCUGGCCAAGCACGCCGUGUCCGAAGGGACAAAGGCGGAGACCAAGUACACCAGCUCCAGUAAAGACAAAACAAACCCGAAAAUCAAAGGCUCUUUUAAGAGCCACUCACGGUUUCAUUAAAAGAGUUAUUCAAUGUUGAGACAUGGAUUUGAGGUAAAUUUGUAAAUUUUUUGUUGAUGCGCUCAUUCAGAAUCUUAUUUCCGUUACUCAGAACUUGCUGUCCAAUCUUCAGUGUAAUCCCGAUUUCCCUGUUAAUUCCUGCCCUCUGCACAGACACGGAAUCGUUACGCACCCCUUCCCCGUUGUUACUUCUAGGUCAUCAAAUUUCCCUAACGUGACACUAAUUGUUUCUGGUUUAGUUUCUGCGGGGAAUGCGGUUCAUUAAGUUUUGUCCCAUUUUGUUUACUUCUCUUAACUACAUUCCAACGCGAGUGCCGAACACUGUCACGGUUCGUUCAGAGUAUUUCUGAAGCCCACUUUCUG